CAAAAUAUAACAACAAAGAAAAAGAUCAAGAAGAUUCAAAACAUUGUUUGUUUUUUGUUUCUAAACAAUGGCUACACACAAAAUGAGUCUUACCGUUCUUUCUUUUGUUUCAAUGAUGAUUAUAUUAUCAUUGUUCAGCGGAUUCGGAGAAGGAAGAAAAUAUUUGAAAUAUGGAGUUAUUACAAAAGACAGAAUUCCAAACUGCCGUCAGAAUCCCGAAAAUUGUGUCAGAGUUCCAGCCAACCAAUACCAUCUUCCUCCUGGUUGUAAAAAUUCUACACAUUGUUAUCGUGAAAAGUAUCAUAUUUAACUAUGUAUUCAUAUAUCUAAAUCAUUUUCUAUCAAAUAUGAAGAAAACAUUAUCAUUAAUAUAUAUUAUUGUUGUGAUAUUGUUACUUGUUACAUUGUCAAAUUUUAAUUAUUUUAAAAUUCUUACAAUUGUUUUUAACUUCGAAUUAUUGUAAUAUAUUUUAAUAUAUUAUAAAUUAGUGUUACCACGCAUAGCUUAAACUUCUUGUAAAUGGUGGUCUUUGUUGACCUUUUGUUUUUUUUUUAAUUAUAGUUAGACGAGUAUUUUGACAUUUAGUAAUUGAAUCCGAAGAACUUUGAAUUGUUUGGUAUGCCAACUUUAAAUUUACACUUCUAAACUCCUUUAAAAACUCAUCACCUAUUGUUGUUGUGUUUAUACAGAUCCACUAAUAACUCAUAAAACAUGCGAGUCUUGUGAAAUCUAAAACAUGUAAUUGUCGUUAUAAAAUUCACAACCAUAUUGUCGAACUUACUAUGAUGGAUCAUGAAUUUUUAUAUUUCUCUUAUCCGUUUUCUGCGGGUUAGGGUUGUGACCACCUGAGACUCUUGGUUAAGCAAACCCUUUCGCCCCACGAGCUGUUACUAUUAGCAUAAUCAACUAUUUAUGAACUACUGAUGUCUUGCGUGGCUAAGUAUCCGAUGUGGGAUCAUUAUUAGCCCACAAACCAUUUGCGAGGUAAAAGAAAAAGAAAGAGCUCAGUUACGAGGCCAUGUGUCACCGGAUAAACCGGAGAAAUGCGAAGGACCCAUCCUUCGCUGAAGCCAAUUUCAUCACAGCUCAAUUGCACCAGCCGGGAAUCGAACCCGGGUCUGUACCGUGGCAGGGUACUAUUCUACCACUAGACCACUGGUGCUACUUGUUUAAUUUGUUAUUCCUUUCUUUAUUUAUAUAUAAAGUUUAAUAGUUAUAUAAUUUAGUGAGCUUUCGAACGUUUUCAGCUAUGCGUGUUGUAUAAUCUAAUGUGGUUAUUUUAGCUUUUAAAAAGACAAUAAUAUAAGAGAAAAUUAGCUGUUAUACCACAUUUCACCGAAACAUUUUUGGUUCUACCACUUCAUAUAUUCAUUUUUCUCUUGUACCACAAUUGCCGUUGGUAAAGACCAUUUUACCCUCCAACAUGAGAGACCAAAACCUGUAGUUGAUGUGCCCCUCUAACUUUUCUGCCUUCCUUUAUUUCUCUACAUUGGUAACUACAAUUUUCUCUUUCUUUAUUUGUUGUUACAUUUUUAUUUUCUUUAUUUAUUUCUUUCACUUUCACUUUAUCUC